AUGGAUGUUUCGGUUCUUCCAAGAAGAGAUGGCGACUCGGGCGGACUGAGCCUGGGAGGGUUGCUCGCCAUUGCGCUGUGUGGCUCCAUAGUGAUAUUCACAUCUCUCGGCCUUUUCAUGGCGUGGAGGGUCAAAGUCCGUCAGAAGCGAACCACGGAAAGGAUGUACACGAUGCCCGAUGAAUACUCCCAGACUCGUCUCACAAAGCGACCUCUUGUCAUGACCGAAUCGGACGUCAGCGGGCUUCCGAGCCGCCUGUCCUCUCGGUUCUCACUUACACUCCCGCCAAUAAUCCCGCUGCCUCCGAUGCUAUCGUACAAUAACCUCAACAUUUUCCGAUCGUCUAGUAAGCGGCGUGCAGAGAGGAAGAGCUGGAUCAACGGCGAGGAAUUCCACGGCCCGACUGUGAAGAAGGAUUCGAAAGACGGGUGGUUUAGCAGGGAUAGUUGGAUUCGACAGUUUCCUACGGUGCCCAACGUCAGGGUUGCCGAGGAGGGCGGCGACGGGAUACAUGAUGUCGGACGGCAGAACAGCCAGCACAGACCGUCGUACGAGGAGUAUCGGAAGCAGCAGCAGCAGCACGAAGAGCCGUCCCAGUUUCAGAACCACCCACCGUAUUAUCAGGAGCCGCAGCAGCAUGCGCGCAACCAGCAACCGCAGGCGAUAUAUGUACAGAAGCGGAGGAGUGGAAGCAACCUCCCGGCCAGCCAGACGACGCCGAAUCUGUCUUUGCAGGACGAUGUUCCUAGGGGUCGUCAGUCUGCCGUGCGUACGCCGGCCCAGGCACAUGUGCGGCCGUCCGUGACUAUGACGGAGAUGGGGCUGAGGGAUAUCUUGCGCUCGACUGACCAGCGUCUGCGCGAGGGAUCCAGCCGAUCUCCUGUCAAGCAUACGCCGCAACCGUCGCCAACUCGUACAUCGCCGGUGAAGACUCCGUCCAGCCGGACGUCAAACUCGGGGCGUGCAACUGGGCGGCAUCAUAGGGGAACCCCAAGCCCCGGCAAGCCUGGGAACAUGGCUGCUUUGCCGACUCAGGCUUCGGUUGCUUCGAUUGGAAGUGUGGCGAAUAGUCUGAUUGCCCAAGCUACGCAGGAGCUUGAGCUCCCAGACGGCAUGCCUAGUCCCAGCCGCGUUGGAGGGCGGGAAUGGGAGCCCCAGGGGCAACAGAUUCUGCCACCGAGCUUGCCAGGGCUGGAGAGCCCAAGUUAUAGGAAUAAAAGCCCCCAGCGAAGCCCCCAGCGCAGCAGCCCUCAGAAAAGCCCGUCAAAGAGACGGUCCGUGGACAGUGACGAGUCGAGUUCCUUGUCCACCUUGUACAGCGUCGGCGAGCCCGAGAGCGAGGAGCAGGCAAUUCAGCGGCAGUACUUCCUCCAGCAGCAGAGGUAUCGACAGGAAGAGCUGCAAGCACUGGCCGCAGGAGAUGAUCCAUUCACCAAUAACGGCCGCGCUCGCGGUCGUCAUCACGUCAGGCAAAAACAGGAGCAGCCUGCCGGCCCCCGGCCGCUGAGGCGCACAAAGACCAUGAGCCCAAGCGUGCUCACCACUCGGACGGAUGCGUCGCCCAUUUCCCAGCCACUGCGGCCACUGUCGGUCAAUUCCAAGAGCGGACCCGGCCGCGGCAUUGAUCUCCAAAUGGUGCCGCCCCGUCCUCUGACGCUGGGAGCCUCGCGCACAGGAUCCGACGGCGUCGCGGCGCAACAGCCUCCAGUGCCGGAACCGCAGUCAGACUGCAGCUUCACAUCAGACUCGGUGGGCAGCGACGACUCGGAAGCAACGGCGCUGCUGGCCUGCGAAACACCCAAGCCAGAAUGGGUUGCUGCCGCGGACCGCGGCCGCUCGCCGACGGGCAGCCCACUCACACCGGGCGCCCGAGACGACAAGGACGCCGACUUGUCGUCGUCGUCGCCCUUUAGCGAGCAGGAGAUCCUGUCCAUGCUCCUGGCAAGCGGGAGCAACAAGCGGGCGCUGCCCCAGCCGCCAGCCGCGGUCGCCGGCGCGGACGGCAGCAUCCUCUCCACGGGCCUGUCUCCGCGCCCGUCGGUCAGGAGCGCCGCCGGCUCUCCGCGGAGGAGGCCCUCCGGGGCCAGCUCGUACUGCUCGCUCGCGGACCCCGCCGCCGUCACCGUCGUCAGCGCCUACAGCGCCGCGUCCUCGGUCGCCUCGACCGCCGUCGGCGAGGCCGACUCGCCUACCCUGCCCGGCAUCUUCACCGGCCAGCCCGCGGCGCCGCGGAGGCAGCUCUCCCGGCGGGAGGUCAGCGGCAGCAGGCACUACCUCAACAUCGGCAAGGGCAGCAGCCUCCCGAAACACCGGUCCAUGAUGAACCUGAACGGGACGGGCUUCCGGCGCCAGCACCGACAGGGCCGGAGCGAGGAUCUGACCAGGCGCGGCAGCCCCAGCGGGAAGCAGGACGGCAAGGAGAACCAGGGCGUGGAGAGCAGGGCCAGCACGCAGGCGGACGCGCUGGGGCUCCGGGAAGUGCGCCAGAGUCCGUCCCGCGGAACCAGGGACAGGACGCCGCCCACGACCCCUUCACCGCCGCCCACGUUCAAGUUGAGGCCCUGCCCCGUGGGGGAUUUGCUGGCCCGCGAGAAGCGCGGCGCCAGGCGGGACAGCGCCGAGAGUCUGGGCCUGUACGAUAAAGACGGCUUCUUGCUGCCGUCGCCGGAGAGGGAGGCGAGGACGCGGGGGAGGGCGUUGCGCAUUUAG